UAUUUUUAGAAGCAUGACUUCUAUCUUAGAGCAGUACGAACGGGACACGUCUCGUGCCCCGCGUGGACGAAUCAGUGGUAUCAAUGCAAGACCGGAAAAUGUGAUGGGAACCACUGGUUUUAUCAACAUGAAACUGGAAGAGGAACCACCGAUAUUCACUCGACAGCAAGUCAACUUUUCCCCGAGUCACCAUUUAUCCCAUUUGGUGUCCGGAGGGAACAGAAUUGUUUUGGCUAUGAAAAACAAAAUGCUGCUGAAGAUUCAAAUCGAUCCGCGAACUGGAGGCUCGAAAGGCAGUUCAGGACCAGAAGAAAUCGAUUUGUCCAAGUUUGCGAUGCACAACAGAAUCUCAGGGGUGUUUUUUGACCCGACUGGAAGACACCUGAUUGUUAGCGUUUCGGAGAUCAACCGAGAAAUUCCUUUGGUAAAAUGGAAAGGCCACUUGAUUACCGCAGUUGGUUGGAACCCAAGAGCAGCCAGAGAUGACGGGACCGGUUCGAUACUAGUUGGCACUUCGAGAGGAUUAAUUUUCGAAGCAGAAUUGGGUGCAGAAUACGAAGGGUUCUUCAGCAACAGUUGUGAGCUUUAUUGGAAACAGGUUGCUGACCUGGGAACAGGGGCAGGGCCCGUAAGUGGGAUCGAACUUUGGGUCGAUCCUGGUUUGGCAGGGGAUCAAGAUCGCUAUUGCGUCGUCGUUACGACAAUCAACCGUUUGUACCAAUUCGUCGCGAAAUUCUCCCGCGACGAAAAACCCCUGCUUGGGCAAGUAUUCGCAGUGACCGGGGACCCCGGUGACAAGUUUCAAGAAUUCCCGAGCCUGAGAACCGCACCCAUGAUGCAGCUGCCGUCGAGUUGCCUGAGGCUGUUUCGCGCUGGCGAGGUUUCGUCGGUGCCCAAGUACCUGGCCUGGGUAACGGACGAGGGUAUUUUCCACGCUGAAAUUGAGUGCAAGGGUGAGUCGGUGAUUGGGGCCGCGAGACUGAUCCCGUAUCCGGACGGCGCCGGGAGGCCCUUGUCGAUGGCGUUGACGGAGUUUCAUGUGAUUUUGUGCUACCCGGAUGCCGUGCGAGGGAUCUCGAGUUUGAACGACCAGUUGGUCUUUGAAGAUAUCAUCAUUUCGGAUAAUCACGGAAUUGUUGUCGGGGUGUCAAGAGACCCGCACUCGAGAACUCUAUGGGCAUUCGCGGAAAUGUCUGUCUUUCGGUACACUAUCAAAGACGAAUCUCGUGACGUAUGGUGCAUUUUCAUGGACCAAGGCAAGUUCGACUUGGCCCGAAAAUACGCGGAAACCAAUCGAAUGGCGACCGACGCCGUUACUUCCUGCGAAGCCGAUUCUCUCUUCUCUGCUGGAAAAUUCAACGAAAGUGCUGUUCUCUACGCCAAAACCCAGCGAUCCUUUGAAGAAAUCACUCUGAGGUUCAUGGAUGAGAGCAAAAGAGAAGCUUUGAGGACGUAUUUGCGGAAUAAGUUGGAUGGCCUGAAGGCCAUGGAGAAGCCGCAGAGUGUGAUGCUCGUGACUUGGUUGCUGGAACUGGAAUUGAAUGCUGUCGGUGAGCUGAGGGACGCCAGCAAAUUCGACGAAGGUGCCACGAGUAGCGAAGAAUAUUUGGCUGCCAAAGAAGUUGUUAAAAAGUUCCUCAGCUUGCAGACGGUCAAGGAGGCCGUGAGUGAGUGCAAAAACGUGAUAUAUGAGCUACUAUCAUCUCACGGAGAUUCCGAAAAUCUGGUGUUUUUUGCUGCGGAAAUGCGAGAUUUUGCCAAAGUUCUGACGCAUCACAUCACCCGGGGAAAUUAUUCUUUAGCUCUCGAUGUUCUUGGAAAACACGGGUCCGUGGAUGCGUUUUACAAGCACACAGCGGCGCUUCUCACAGCAGCCCCGCGGCAAACCGUGGAUUUAUUGAUUGCUCAAGGAAGACGAUUGGUUCCCGCAACGCUAGUUUCUCCAAUAGUUGCUGCCUUGACAUCUGCUGCCGAACUCGGGGACAAGGACGCGGAAAUGAUGACGAUCAAGCAUCUAUUGCGGUAUUUGAAUUUUUGCGUGGAAUCCCUGGACGCGAGGGACGCUGGGAUGCACAAUUUGUUGGUCCGGCUUUUGGCGAGUGGGGCGUCGGACUUGAGUGAACUUGUGGCAUAUUUGGAAGGACAAGGCAGAGACAGCGCGUCCAUCAACUACAGUGCAGCUUACGCGCUUCGUGUGUGCGAAGAAACGGACUAUUCCCGGAUGUCGAAUCAAGCCGAAGCCCGGAAACAGCUCCGAGCUGCCAAAGUAAUCAUCCUCGCUGCGAUGGGACUUCACGAGAAAGCCGUGGAUGCUGCUUUGACUGGUGAUCCGCCGGAUAUCGCUGCAGCUCAAGCUGUUGCCGACGAUUCGGAAGAAGACGACGCGGACAGGAGGAAGCGAUUGUGGUUGAAAAUUGCGAGACGAGUUGUUGAGGGUGGAGGCGGCAGCGGAGGAGACGUGGCUGCGGCGGCGGUGGCCUUUUUGAAUCGGUGCCCGGGGGGCAUUUUGAAGCUGGAGGACAUCUUGCCCUUUUUCCCCGACUUCGCAACUAUUGAUCAUUUCAAGGAUGCAGUCUGUUCUGCUCUUCAGGAUUAUUCAAAGCACAUUGAAGCGUUGCAAGAAGAAAUGGAAGAGGCAACGAAGAGCACGGAACUGAUUCGGCAGGAGAUUGCGCAAUUUCAAAAUCAUUAUUGCGCUGUGGGCCCGGAAGACGAGUGCUUGGUUUGCGGUUAUCCUCUAGUCGUGGAGGGAUUUUACGUUUUCCCUUGUUCACACAAGUUUCAUUCUGAAUGUAUGUCUGGAGAAUUGUAUCCUAUUCUGGGCAAGGAUCAACAGGAUCGACUAAACGAUAUCAAGAGACAACUAGCAGCAAUGCAUUUGCGUGACGAAACUGCUUCAGUCAAUAGUGGAGGCCUGUCGGGUUUCUCCAGACGUGAUCAGCUGAAGGCAGAAAAAGACGAAAUCGUUGCAUCUCAGUGUCUUCUUUGUGGGGAUCACAUGAUUGAGUCCGUGGACAAAUCCUUCAUUGAAGACAAGGAUUACGCGGAGGCUGUUAGAGACUGGCUGUGA